AUGCAAAAUCAAAUAAUGGACUUCAGUGGCCCCACGUCCACCUCCAAAGUGCUCACGUCUAGACAUCAAGACUACGUCCAUCACAUUGCCUUUGACAUUUACGGACGCCGAAUGGCCACUUGCAGUGGAGAUCGUUUCGUCAGGGUUUGGGACCUCUCGGAAAACAACGUUUGGUCUCUGGUUGGGGAAUGGCAAGCACACAAGGGAUCUGUCGCCAUGCUCAGUUGGGCGCAUCCCGAAUUUGGGAGUAUGCUGGCCACGUGCGGGAGCGAUCACGAAGCCAAGAUUUGGGAAGAACGCACCAACGCCACUUCGGCCGCUUCUCGAUGGACUGUCAAGUCGCAAUUGGCGGAUGCUCGCAAGGCGGUUUCUUGUUUGGAAUUUUCGCCGCGUCAUUGGGGACUCAAACUUGCAACGGGUAGUGCAGAUGGGUGUGUGCGAAUCUACGAAGCGGUGGAUGUUGCAAAUCUAUCUCAGUGGCCUUUGGCAACAACCCUGCAGUGCUUUGCAGAAGGUCUUGGAGUGACUUGCAUGUCUUGGUCGUCGGGGCGAUUCGAGCCGCCUACUCUGGUAGUGGGUGGAGCCAACCCCAUUGUCUAUCGAUAUGGUGAGGCCAGUCGUCAAUAUAGUCCACUCAUUGUGUUGCCCCCUCCUGCAGUUGGUGAAGUCUUGGACAUUGCUUGGGCGCCCAACGUUGGUCGUCAAUUCCACUACAUUGCUUCUGCAGAAGGAAGUCAGUUGAGAAUUUUCAAAUUGUCUCGUAAGGAAAACAAAUUAGAAUUGGAAUCCACCCAAACUUUGCAAGUCAUCAAUGCUUGGAGGUGCCAAUGGAAUGUCACUGGAACUGUUCUUGCUAGCAGUGGAGAUGCGGGACUAGUGCAACUGUGGAAAUCUGAUUUUGAAGGAAACUUCAAAUGCGUGUCCAAGAUUCAAGGGGACAUAGCUCAAGUUGCUGCUGGUGCAGCUGCUGGCGCAGGAUUAAUGAGUCCAUAA